AUGGCCGCUGAAAAUGUUUUCUUUGGCGUCAUUUACGCAAACGAGGAGCUUGUCGUGGUGAACAAACCGCACGACGUCCCUAUGGAUGGGGAGGAGCAUUCGCUGACAGUGGAAAAGUGGGCAACUGCGUACCGCGCGAAACGCGACUGUGCCAAGUGUGUCGCUGGUGGUGGUGCAGACGGGGCUGAGCAGGCAGCGAGGACUGCGUGCAGGCACGCGGGACGAAGGAAAUCGGUAAAGUUUGUGCACCAAUUGGACUAUGCCACAAGCGGCGUGUUGUGCGUCGCCUUCUCGAAGGAAAUGGCCGCGCGACUCGCCCACUGUUUUGAAGUGCGCACGACACAAAAGGCUUAUUUGGCGGUGCUUCGUGGGAUGAUUCCGUCACUCCGUGUCUUUCAGGAGGAUCGAAACCCGUAUGCUGGCGUGGAUUUUCUCACUGGAACUCGCUACGGUAGCCGCGUUCACGUAGUUCCAGUUGAUGAAGUGCCAAACGCUGGCUUUGUCCGCAGAUGCGUUCUUGAGUGCAGCCGAAAUGGAGAGGAGGAGGAUGCCGAUGGGUGCGCCGCGCUCCUACGCGUGGACCUUCCUGUGGGAUACGACACGACCGACCCGGAGGGCUUUCGAAUGGCGGUGAACGGAAGGGACGCGCGGGAGAGUGUGACGUACGUGCACGUGCUGCAACGUGGGUACAUGUCCCAUCCUUCCUCGGGCUGUCCGGUGCCGGUGACGAAAGUUGCUUUGUUCCCGCGAACCGGUCGGCGGCACCAACUCCGGGUGCAUUGCCAUGCGGUCGGCUUUCCGAUUCUCGGCGAUGUCACCUACGCGGGCAUUCCAACUCCGCGGCCUGCUCCAGAGCGGCAGGGGACUGAGUCGAUGGCAACUUCCGGGGCCGCGGGCUCAGCAGACGUGGCCGACGAAACCGGGACCACAGAGGCGUGGCAGCGGAUGAUGCUUCAUGCAUGGCGUCUCUCAUUUCCCGUGAGUGUGGAGCCGCUGCAGUGUGGGAAGGAGCGUUACAUGCAGAAGAGGCGGCGGAGACGUGAGACGCUAGGCUUGGCGGCCCCCAGCGGCGAUGAUGCUGCCGCUGCUGUGUGGACGCACUUCGAGACGAAAGACCCGUUCCAUUCAGUUCGCCCUGGGCGAGUGAGUGAAUAA